AACACAUCCGGGGCGCUCUUUGUCAUUGGGCGUUUUUCAAUUUGCCCUCAUGGUGUUAACAACACUGUCGGUGUCAGAGAGAGCCAUGAGGUGUAGUGCUCACAUUAUGUAGCAGGUAAAACUGAGAACGACUUAUUUUCCCCAGUCACACGCAGUGAGUGCUGCAGUGAUCAGCUUAAAGGCCCUGCUGGUGAGUCACACGGACUCGGGAUGGUGGGAUAUGACCCGAAUUUGGCUCUAUCCCCAGAGGAAGCUGCUCUGGCUGGGUCAUUGGCUGGCGCGGUCACCCGGGCCAUCAUUAGCCCACUGGACGUGGUCAAAAUCAGGUUCCAGCUGCAGAUUGAGCGGGUUUCCUCCAGAAAGCCUCAGGGGAAAUAUUCCAGCCUGCUGCAGGCCUCACGCUGUAUCCUAACAGAGGAAGGACUGGCUGCUUUCUGGAAAGGCCACAUACCUGCCCAGCUGCUGUCUGGGUGCUACGGAGCGGUUCAGUUUGCCAUUUUCGAGGUGCUGACCGAGGUGGUCCAUAACAGCACCUCCUAUAGCAGCCAGAUGCCUGGGGUGCACUUCUUGUGUGGAGGUUUAGCUGCCUGCUCAGCAACUAUCGCCUGCCAACCACUCGACACACUCCGCACACGUUUCGCUGCACAGGGAGAACCGAAGGUGUAUAGGACACUCCGGCAUGCCGUUUUCACCAUGUACCGCCAGGAGGGGGUGUUCACCUUCUACAGAGGCCUCACUCCCACCCUGGUAGCUGUUUUCCCCUAUGCUGGCCUCCAGUUCUUCUUCUACAACGUCUUAAAAAAGCUGGCGCAACAUGACGGCAAAAAAUCAAAAGGUGGUUUGCAGAGUCUGCUGAGUGGUGGCAUUGCAGGGGUCAUCAGCAAAACCCUCACGUAUCCAUUUGAUCUUUUCAAAAAGAGACUACAGGUCGGAGGCUUUGAGGAAGCUAGAGUCCACUUCGGUCAGGUCCGAACGUAUCAUGGCAUUGUGGACUGUGUAAUCCGGAUAUCUAGAGAGGAGGGGCUGCGUGGUUUCUUUAAGGGGCUUUCACCCAGCCUGCUGAAAGCUGCUCUAUCUACAGGACUCACCUUCUUCUGGUACGAAUUCUUCACCAGUGCCAUCUCCAACCUGAAGGGCCAGCUGUAAGCAGGAUGGCUAAAAGAGAGAGGAACUGGAAGCUGCCUGUGUGUGUAUCAGGUGUGGGUUUUAAUGAUUUAUAAUAACAAUUUUAUUAAGCAUUAUUAUUUAUACCACAUGAAGUGGUUUCAUGUCAGCGUUUUAAAGCAGUAGUUUGGCAAAAAAUGUGAAUUUACAAGAUGUUCUACUUACCUCAAAUUUAGUCAGAGCAGCAAAGUCUUGUGAUGCUGAAUAUCUUCAUUUUGGAAAUGGAGUAGCACGGACAGUUUCAGGGCCUCUUUCAGGAGCUGAAACCUUUGCCUGUAGCUUUGAUGCCCAUAACAAAUCAUCAUGUCAACACCAGAACAGUGUUCCAUCAUCCAGAAAAUUGUGUUUGGUGUGCAGGGUAUCAUCAGGCCAAAUUCAUUUAUUAACAGCAGAAUAAACUGCAUGAAUAUAUUGUGUUUGGUGUGUAAGAGUUUUACACAGUAAAACUUUUCACUAAAUGUUUUGCAAAACAAAUCCAAGUGAAAAGUCUGUGAUGCCACUUCGCAUGAUUUUAGCUACAUUAGCAUCACAGCUACAGCGCAGAGCUACAGCAGUGAAUUUUGGACACUGAGCAUGUCUUGUCUGAUCAACUAAAUUUGAGUGAAAUGGAAAGUUCUUGCCAAACUUGUUUAAAAGGUCUAAAUGAACUUAUGUUGCUAAUAGUGAAUCAAAGCUUGUGUUUCCUGUUGGCGUUACGUCAUGAAUACCGGCAUUACUGGCUUUGAUUCAUUGUUAAUCAUCCAUCCAUCCAUCCAUCCGUCCGCAUGGUGGCGUAGUGGGUAGCGCUGUCGCCUCACGGCAAGGAGGGCCUGGGUUCGAUUCCCCGGCUGGGUGAUCAGGGUCCUC